UUCUGGGCCAUCGUGGUUGCCGUAGCUGGGGGGCGUGGUUUGUUGAUGUCACGGCAGCGUCCUGGGGGCAGUCAUGAUGUUCUUCCCCGGUGUGUGAUCAAGAUAAUAGACACAGCAGUGAAAAAUACAACCCCCCCCCCUCCCCCCUCAAUGCCGUUUUGCCAGAAUUUCUCGGAAGACUACAGAGAUGGGGAGCAAGACCUGUAUAUACAUGCUGCAAAGGAUACGGCAGCUACAAUCAUGCAGUUCUUUAGUAGGGAUGAGCUUUUCUAAAUUUCCAAAGAACUAUAGAUCAGAAGCUACCCUUCCUCUGCCUUCAGAUCCUCGUACUUUGAGACCGCCAUUCAGUUCAGUCACUGUACCCAUAAGGAGUGUUAGUCAUGAGAGUUCACCAAUUAAUCAAGAAAAAAAUAUGACAUCUGAUUGGGUAGAUGGACCAUUGAAUGAUUCUCCUGCCAUCUCUGAUGGUAAUCAUGUUAGCCCUUUAAAUGAACAGGUUAGUUUGACACCAGAUGAACUGUCUAGUACCCCUAAAAUGACCCCAUCUUAUACUGUGAUUGCUCUGAAUAAAUGUACUACUCCCAGGGAUGUAUUGAAUGUCUUUUCAAGACCCUCGUACAGGAAAGAUGAACUUUUCCAAGGUGUUCUAAAACUCUGGAAUACAUUCUUGGCGCUUAACGAGAAACAGAAACUCGCUGAAAGAGACUCCAUAGUCGGUCAUCCACACUUUCACAAUCUGACUCAUGGAAUCUUGAAGAUGGCUCCAGUCAUGUCACCCGAGGCUUUGAUCCGGAUGCUAUAUGUGUUUGUGCGUUUACAAAUAUAUCAACAGUCAAAAUUGAUUCAGAAUCUUCUGCUUAUUUGCCAGGAACACCUGACUUGCUUCAAUGAAGUGGAACUUGCCAUCUUGGCCAAUACUUUAGAAUGGCUAAAGAGUGACAAAAAUGUGGAUUUGAUCACAUUUGGUUUACGGCUGAUGAUCGACAUGAAAAUUGAAGAGGUUAAUGAAGUAACACCGCUUUUAACUAUGAUGAAAGCCAUUGGAAGGACUGCACCAUUAAGGCUUAAAUUAAAGCUGGAGAAUAAAGCCUUACAGAUGGUUGACAGAUUUAAUGUUGCACAGAGUGAAAACCUAUUUUGUGUACUUGCUGAUAUUGACUUCUACUCUGAACAUCUCCUGAACGCUUGCAGUGAUAAACUCAUCGAUGGCCUAGAUGGACUGUCAUAUACCAAAAUUGUUAGUCUGCUGUCUUGCUGCUGUGAACUGGAUUAUGGCAAUGAAAGGUUGCUGACUGCAGUUGGAGAUCAGAUUAUGAAGACUAUUUGCUUGUGGAAGCCAUGGCAGUUGGCUAUGAUACUCCAGUACUUUGUACACCUUCAUUUUCGACAUGUUCCACUACUGGAUCGAUAUGCUGAGAUUUUUACAAAUAAUUUAAGUUCAGUAAAAAUAUGGGAUUUAUCAGAGACAGUCAAAUUCUACUCGGCGCUGAAUCAUCUUCCAGAAAAAAAGACGCAGUUCCUGGAGGCCGUAAACUCAUCCCUACAGGCAUACCUCAAUAGUAUUCCACCUAAAAAACUUCUCUUUAUUGUAUACAACUUGUGUGUUCUAGAAGCAUGUCCUGACUUUGCAGUAAAUAAGCUUCUGCAGUAUGAAAGCAUUCUCAAUUUUAAAGAACAGAGCAUUUUUGAGCAUAUUAACCUGUGUUUGAUGAGGAAUACACCCUUUGUAAAAAGUAAUUCGUUUUGCUGCCUAAAGAAAGUUCCCCCUGCAACCUCUGAAGACUUUCAAACUUUACAUAAUGACAUGAAAAACUUCAUUAAGGAUCCGGACUUGUAUCAGUACAGCUUGCAGAUAGCCAACACUUACUACAUUGAUUUUGUGUUGGCUUUGGAUACCCAAGACAACAAGUUGGUUCCUGUUGGUGACCUACAGACGGACAACCUAGAACUAGCUGACCACUCAGAAAAUGUUAUUCGUAUUGCCGUAUUGUGUUGUACUCCAAAUGCAUUUGCUUUGGGCACACUUCAUCCACUGGGGAAGCUGGCCUUGAAGAUCAGAAUUCUCAAAUCUUUUGGUUUUUCUGUGCUGGUGCUCCCCAUGCAUAAAUUUGUAAGGAUGACUGAAGAGCAUAAAGUGAAAUAUUUAAGGACAAUAAUCUUUCAAGAACUAUCGGACGAUCAAAGUGCACUGGAGGGCACCACCGCGGAGGGGGGUUUGGAGAAAACCCCCCAUGACACAUAAAGGGUUAUUUUCAUUGAACAGUUUUGCAGAUUGGAAUGUGUCACAAAUAAUUUUAUUUACAUGUUUUUUUCUGUCUUGUACGAGGAAAACUUGUAAUUCACAACAUCCAUUAUAAUAAUAAACAUGCUAUUUUUAUUAUA